GAUGCUGUUAGAGCUUUAACCAGUCGGUUCAAACUGGUUAAAGUUGCGGGCACACCAGUAGCAGGCUGGACUUGGGGCAGAGAGGAAGCAAGACAAUGGAGGGGAAGAUGCAACCUGUGCUGUGGAUGCUCUGUGCUGUCUGGGUGACUGUCCAUGCCAUCUCUGUGGAAACCCCAAAGGAUGUUCUUCGGGCUGCUCGGGGAGAGAGUGUCACCCUUCCGUGUACCUACCAAACUUCCUCCCUCAACCGAGAAGGAUUUAUCCAGUGGGACAAGCUUCUAAGGAGUCAUACGGAAAGGGUAAUCACCUGGAUAUUUACGACCAAAAACUACAUCUACGGUGACCUUUACCUGAACCGUGUCAACCUGUCAGUCCAAGUCGAUCGGUCAGAUGCCUCCGUCACCAUCGAUAAGUUGACCAUGGAUGACAACGGUACCUACGAGUGCUCCGUCUCUCUGAUGUCGGAUAUGGAGGGCACCUCCAAGUCCCGCGUCCGCCUCUUGGUCCUGGUGCCACCCUCCAAGCCAGACUGCGGCAUCCAGGGAGAGACUGUGAUUGGGAACGACAUCCAGCUGACCUGCGAAUCCAAGGAGGGCUCCCCAGCCCCUCAGUACAGCUGGAAGAGCUAUGACGUGCUGAACCAGGAGCGUCAUCAGGUCACACCAGUCACAGGACAGAUCUUCUCUCUGAAGAACAUCUCCACAGAAAUGUCAGGUUACUAUGUCUGCACCAGCUCCAAUGAGGUGGGGAUACGGUCCUGCAACAUCACUCUGGCCGUCAGACCACCCUCCAUGAACGUGGCCCUGUACGCGGGCAUCGCGGGGGGCGUGGCGGCGGCCCUCAUCAUCAUCGGCGUCAUCGUCUACUGCUGCUGCUGCCGGGAGACCAGCAAGGCCGAGGAGGCUGAGGUGGCGCGGCCGAAUCGGGCAGCUUACCAGGAGCCGCCAGAGCAGAUGACAGAGCUUUCCAGAGAGCGGCAAGAGGAGGGAGAGGACGGCUACAGGGAUGAAGAUCCGAGUGGCCCUGACCAGGAGUCCCCUGACCAAGCUGGCCAAUGACCAGGGCCUGCUACAGUCUGGGGGAAGGGAGGAUGGGAUCAUCACCCUACCUCUCCUUUCCAAACUGCGCUGUUCUGACCCUUCAUCCCCAUCAUUGAUGGGCUGCUUCUUCCCCAUGAUGGCUGCUGGAGGACUUGGCUUGGCCUGGCCGGGGGCAUUUCAAUUGUGACUGACACUGCCAGGGGCCCUCACCUGCAUGGUGGCCCUCCCAUUGCCACAUCUGGCUCAGGACCCACCCUCACCCUGGACCAGGCCUCGGCCUCCACCUCCCCAUGGUGCUACCACCCGUGAAUGUUCUAUAAAGGCUCCGCAGGUGGAUGAGAGCUGCCCUUGGCCACCUGUAUGCCCAGCACCCAAGGGAACAAACCUGGCAGAGGGUCUGCAUGCAAUACAUUUUUGUUGAAGGAAUGAAAGAAUAAAUGAGUACAUAAAGGA